GGAAAAGUGGGCUAUCCCAGAAAACGGGCGCGAAAGACCAGAUGUUGCGGGGAUUGCUAAAAAAUAAUAAUGUAUUAUUAUUAAUUUAGUAUAAUCUAGAUGUUCCUUCUGUAUUUUUUGUAAGGACAUUUUCAUUUGACGAUUUGAGGAUUUGGAAGCCCGCUCUUUUGCAAUGGCUUUAACUUGCAGAGGUUUCUUCUUGUAAAUUUCGAGGCAACAAUUUAUGUAACUUAAAACAUGAGACGAAGUCUGGCUCCCAGUCAACUGGGCAAAAGACCCUUGCUGACUGAACAUGAAGGAAAGGGCAAACGAAAUAGAAAACCCCUGCAGCCAAUGCAGCCUCUUCCUCCACCUCCAACUCAGGAGAAUUUGUCCAAACAUGAGGAGAUGAUUAAGGCCAUCCUGAGUCGGCCCUUCAAGGUGCCCAUGGUGAACUACACUCCUGGGUACGGGUCAAGAUGUUUGGGAUACCGGAGGAGUGGAAUGCGGAGAGCCUUGCAUGAUCCCGACGAACCAAAUGCCCUGGUUCUUUAUUACCCUCCGGAGAUAACAGCCCAUGAAAAACUAAAAAUAGACCAGGACAAAGUGCAAGUACAUGUAGUUGUCGACCCAGCUUUGACAGCAGUGUUGAGACCUCAUCAAAGAGAAGGCGUACAAUUUAUGUACAAUUGUGUGACUGGAGUGUGCAUUGAAAACUCGUAUGGCUGCAUCAUGGCCGACGAAAUGGGCUUGGGAAAAACUCUUCAGUGCAUCACUCUUAUGUGGACACUGCUAAGGCAAGGUCCAGACGCUAAACCCAUCAUUGAUAAAGCCAUUGUUGUUGCCCCAAGCAGUCUUGUCAAAAACUGGUACAACGAAAUCAGCAAGUGGCUCGGAGGCCGAGUGAAUGCCUUGGCAAUUGAUGGCGGUUCAAAGCAAGAAAUUGACCGUUCCCUUGAGGGAUUCAUGAAUACUUUUGGCCGCCGGCCGGCCAAUCCAAUUCUCAUCAUUUCUUAUGAGACCUUCCGACUCCAUGCCUACGUCUUGCAUAAAGGUGAAGUGGGUUUGGUACUUUGUGAUGAAGGCCACCGUCUGAAAAACUGUGAGAACCAAACAUACCAGUCGCUGAUGGGUCUCAAAGCGAAGCGUCGUGUCCUUCUCUCUGGCACCCCCAUCCAGAACGACCUUCUUGAGUACUUCAGCCUGGUCCAUUUCGUGAACGCAGGAAUUCUCGGAACGGCGCAAGAAUUCCGAAAGAUGUACGAGACUCCCAUUUUGAAGGGUCAGGACGCUGCCGCCUCUGACAAGGACAAAGAAAAGGGCAGGGAAUGCCUUGCUAAACUCAUUGGCGUCGUCAACAGGUGUCUGAUCAGAAGAACGGCCGCCCUGCUGUCAAAGUACCUGCCUAAGAAGAUCGAGCAUGUGGUUUGCUGCAAGCUGGCUCCACAGCAAGCCGAGCUUUACGAACAGUUUGUCAAAUCAGAGGCCGUGCGAAGAACAGUUAUGGCUGCCGAGGAAGGCGACACUGGCAAGAAAAAAGGCUCAUCUCUCUCUGCCCUAUCGUCUAUCACAAGUCUCAAGAAAUUGUGCAACCAUCCUGAUCUGGUCAUGGAAAAGAUUCAGGAGCGUGCCGAGGGUUUUGAAAAGGCUCAUCUUCUCUUCCCUGAAAAAUAUGACCCCAAGAAAGUUCUCCCUGAGCUGUCUGGAAAAGUAUCUGUUUUGGACACACUGCUUGCCAUUGUACGCUCGACCACGCAGGACAAAGUCGUAUUGGUUUCUAACUACACGCAGACUCUGGACUUCUUUGAAAAACUGUGUCGGGUUCGACAGUAUCCGUACGUCCGGCUGGACGGUACUAUGAGCAUCAAAAAGAGAGCAAAAGUUGUCCAACGCUUCAACGAACCGUCCAGUCCAGAUUUCAUUUUCAUGCUGAGCAGCAAGGCAGGAGGAUGCGGGCUCAACUUGAUUGGAGCUAAUCGACUGGUCAUGUUCGACCCUGACUGGAAUCCGGCGAAUGACGAUCAGGCCAUGGCCCGUGUUUGGCGUGACGGGCAGAAGAAGCAGUGCUACAUUUACAGGCUGCUUUGUACUGGAACUAUUGAGGAAAAAAUCUUCCAACGGCAGGCACACAAAAAGGCGCUCAGUUCAAAGGUUGUGGACCAGGAAGAGGACGUGUGUGCCCACUUUACUUUAUCAGAACUCAGAGAUCUAUUUAAGUUAGAGAAAAAUACCCUCAGCGAUACCCACGACAAGUUCAAAUGCCGUCGGUGUGUGAACAACAUUCAAGCAAAGGGUCCCCCAGAAGACUCUGACUGCACCUCUGAUCUCUCCCUGUGGAAUCACUGCGCAGACAAAAAAGGCCUCGUAGACGUCGCCCUGAAGCAGUGCUGGGACUCGGGAAUUUCCUUUGUUUUCCACCAUCGUUCUCAUGAACCCAAAGUUGUUCCUUAAUCGCACGCUUUUUUACC